UGACAAUAUUACGUUUCUUUGACAGCGAAGAAAAAAAAAUAUUUUUUUCACAAUAUCGGAGGUGCAAUUUUGUUAAAAAUAUCAUCAAAUGGCUUCGAUAAUUCGCCUUCAAAACUCGAUAUUAUCAAGAUGCAUUCUAGCCAACGCUAGUAAGAAUUAUCGUCUCAUUUCAACAUCACCGAAAAAUCGAGAAACAGCAUCCAUAGCACCGAAUGCAGUGAAAGAGGAGGCUAAAGUUGAAACGAAAAGUAAAAAUUGGGUAAGCUAUGGCUUCAGCUACACCGACAAGAAAGAGGAUCGAGAUACCACGCGAUCGUCGUUUUUCUUUGCGGUCACUAUGUGCAUAGUGUGGGGUUCAUUCGUUUGGGCAUAUUUACCCGAUACACUAAUGCGUGAUUGGGCUCAACGACAAGGCUACUUGACACUGAGACAGCGUGAAGCCGCAGGUGUGGAACCGAUAAGCCGUGACUUAAUUGAUCCCAGCCUGAUAACACUGCCAUCCGAUGAAGAGCUCGGUGAUACGGAAAUCAUUAUCUAAAGAUCGGUUUCUGCUCCAGUAAAAUUUAAAAACAAAAGUUUCGGGUUAUGUAAUGUCGUUUAUGAAUACCGAUUCUGUAAAUACAUUUAAAAGUGUGAACAUCAAGAUGAAAAUAAACGAUGAUUUGAUUGAUUAA